AUGGAAACCUCAAGACAUAGUCGUGCUUUUCUAGCUUACAAUAAUCAUAAUUUUAAAAAUAAUCCAUCAAUAACAAUACCAACAACACCAACAACUGGAGAAUCACUAGUCCUUGAUCAUAUUUCAUAUUCAUCGAUAAAAACAACUAUUGAAAAAGUUCCAUCACAUCCACCAUCUCCUAAUCCGAAUAAUAUUGUAAAAGCAAUUCCAAUGCCAGCAAAACGGCCAUCAUCAAUCACUAGUCUUGUUCAUUUAUUGCCACGUCGAAAAAGUUUACAAACAACAGCAUUAGCUUCACAACGACAAAGUCUUUGGAUGAGUAUAGCUAAAAAUGCUCAAACAAAUAAUACUAAUUUACCUCAAUUUCCAUUACGACAACAACAGUCAAAUUUAAUACGAAGAAAGCUUUUACGUUUAUUACUUGUUUUUAGUUAUUUAUUGUCAAUAUCAUUGUUUGCUAUUGCUUUAGCAACAUUCUAUGGUUUUUUUUGGUCUGGUUAUAGUACAACACAAACAACAAUAGCACACGUGUCAACUGUUUCAUCAAUUGUUUCAUUAAAAUCAAAUUCAACAAUCAUUGAUAUUGGUUUAUCACUUAAAGAUGUUAGUUCAAAUAAAUAA